UCUUUCAUUCUAUUCCGUUAGCAUCCUUUCAUAAUUCAUAUCUCUAUCUCUCUCAGGUUCCAUGGCUCCGAUAGUACCCGAUAUUUUCACUGUCUCCAGUUCUUAAAAUCAUCACCGUUGAAAUGAGAAAUGCAACUAACGAUAACACAUAGCUCUUAGCACACACUUCGUUCGGUGAGUUUUCUUUUUCUAUUACCCUCUCAAGCUUUUCCGGUCGCCGGAGAACUUCACCGGCGUAUUUACAGCGACUUGAGGACCUUCGAAUUCUGUGUUUUGAAGUAGCUAUUUACCUUUCUCUCUUUAGAAAUUGCAUCUUCACCGUUUUGCUUGCAUUUUAUGAGUACUUUAAUCAAUUUUUAACGCUGGAGAGAUUACUUGAAGAGAAUCUCCGGGGAUGUUGAAGUUGUUAUAGUUCGCUGUAUAUAUCGUAGCUCGAAUUCGCAACAACAAAAACGAAUAGGAUCAAAAGAAGAGUAGAGUGAUAUUGUGAUAAUAUCUCGAUUCUUGAAGAUUAAGCAAUAUGUUAGAUCUUAAUCUGAAUGCGGAUUCGACUCAGAAUGAUGACUCGCCCGUGCUUUUUGAAAAGAUUCCAGAAGCUUCUUCUGGAACUUCCAAUUCCUCCAUCGUGAAUGCGGAUGCCUCGAGUAGCGGCGCCGGCACCGGCACCGGCGACGAAGAGUCGGGCUCUACACGCGCCGGCGAGGCCUACACCUUCAAUUUCGGUAUCCUUAAGGUGGAAGAUGGAAAUGACGUUGUUGCAACGAAGGAGCUGUUUCCGGUGAGUGUGCGAAAUUUGCAGGGGCAGUCUUUGGCGAUGAUGUUUCCGACGAGGAAGAGUGAGAUGGAUCUUACGCUGGAUCAUCAUGGAGGUGAAAAUGGAAUUGUUCAGGUUCAACAACGACCUCAGGUGAAGAAAAGUAGGAGAGGACCGAGGUCUCGAAGCUCUCAGUACAGAGGAGUUACGUUCUACAGGAGAACUGGAAGAUGGGAAUCGCAUAUCUGGGAUUGCGGGAAGCAAGUUUAUUUAGGUGGAUUUGAUACAGCUCAUGCUGCUGCUAGAGCCUAUGAUCGAGCUGCUAUAAAGUUCAGGGGACUUGAUGCUGAUAUCAAUUUCAAUCUCGUUGAGUAUGAGGAGGAUAUGAAACAGAUGAAGAAUCUUUCAAAGGAGGAAUUUGUGCACAUACUACGUCGCCACAGUAACGGUUUCUCAAGGGGGAGUUCAAAAUACAGAGGAGUGACACUUCACAAAUGUGGUCGUUGGGAAGCUCGAAUGGGACAACUCCUUGGCAAAAAGUAUAUAUAUCUUGGACUAUUCGACAGCGAAGUAGAAGCUGCAAGGGCUUAUGACAAAGCAGCUAUCAAGUGCAAUGGAAGAGAUGCGGUGACUAACUUUGAGCCAAGUACAUAUGAAAAUGAAAUGAAAACAGAAAGUAUUAAUGAAGGUGGCAGUGAUAGCCACAAUCUUGACCUUAAUUUGGGCAUAGCGACUCCAAGACAUGAACCCAAAGAAAACAGAGCGUAUCACCAGUUUCAGGCUGUUCCUCACAACAUGCAUCUUGGAAGGAGUUCAAAGAUGGAGAUUAAGGCUAAUUCAGUUAUUGGUGACCAGUCUUUGAAAAGGAUGGUUGUAACUGAAGAGCAUCCUUCCACCUGGAAUCAUGCCACAUACUCCAGUUUCUUUUCCAAUGAGGGAAGAAGAGCAGAGAGAAUCGGCAUUGAUCCUUCAAAAGGACUCCCCAACUGGGCGUGGCAAGCACAUGGCCAGGGACAGGGUAGUACUGCUUCCCCGGUACAACAAUUCUCUUCUGCAGCAUCAUCAGGAUUCUCCAUUUCAGCUACCUUUCCAUCAAGUUCCAUAUUUCAAACACAACCAUUGAACUCAAUUCCACACACACUCUGUUUCGCUCCAUCCAUUGCACCUGGUAGCUAUGCAUCUCAAUACUAUUACCAGGUCAAAUCCUCACAAGCUCCCUAGCCUAUAUUUGGUAACAAACAAUAAUGAUAUGAUUGAUAUAUGAAUGGAAUGACGCAACAACAUUUGCGUUAAAACUUAUUGUAUAAUUCAGUUAGGAAUCAAUGUAUUGUAAUGAGAAAUGACAUUCAAUCGCACCUCUUGGUUAAA